GUCAAGUUUUGUCAAACUCCCCUCCACUAUGACGACGUGCAGAAAAACUGACCGAUGUUCGGAGCUCGCGGCAGUGAGCAAAAUGGCGUCGUUAUGGACGGUGAUGUCGUUCGCGUUUUCGUUGCUGCUGACACCUUUUCUCAUGCUGUUAUUGGCGAUAAUAUUCCUCGCGUCCAUCGGCAAGUCCCUCGGUGUCCGUAGGCUCUACAUCAAGCUGCUCUUGGCUCUCUUCGAGUAUGGCCGACAAAACAUAGAAAAUGUGAAGAAGAAGAACGGUAUUCGGAAUCCGAACGAGGAUUUGAACGUAGAAGAGGAAUGUGAAUCGUCGACGAAUACGGAAAGGGAUUCAACAGUAAAGUCAUCCAAAACGCAAAACGGAUGCGUGAGCAAUUCGGUGAUAGCCAGAUCGAAAGAUUUAAUCUUAGUACCCGAGCCAGAAGUGCACAAUCACAAGAAUCACGUCGACGGAUCCAAUCUCAAAAAUGAUAAUGAAACAUUGAUUGAUGGCAAAGAGGACAGCCUUAAUCAAAAAAACUCCUUUGAGACUCUAAAAACUGGAUUUGCACCGAUAAGUAUGGAUUACAUCAGAUCGGGUGUCGAAGCUAUCAUAGAAGAUGAAGUGACUUCACGCUUUGAAGCUGAAGAACUUAAGAAUUGGAAUUUGCUAACUCGAACGAAUAGAUACUACGAAUUUAUUUCCUGGAAGUUAACUUUCAUAUGGAUGUUCGGUUUCGUCAUGCGCUACUGCUUCCUUCUACCUUUGAGGAUAUUUAUCUGUUUUGUAGGGGUACUGUAUCUCGUAAUCGUAACAUUUUUGAUCGGCUUUCUGCCGAACGGCCGUAUAAAACGUUGGGCGAACAACCAGGGCUCUCUUAUUGCAUUCAGGAUAAUGUCCCGUUCUAUCUCGGGUAUGAUUACGGUCCACAAUCCAGAGUACAAACCAAAAAAUAGUGGAGUGUGCGUGUCGAAUCAUACGUCUACCCUCGACGUCUGCAUCUUAUCCACGCAAACGACAUUCUCUUUGAUAGGUCAGAGGCACGGUGGUUUCUUAGGAAUAUUACAAAGGGCUCUUGCCCGUGCCUCUCCACAUAUAUGGUUUGAACGGUCUGAGGUCAAAGACAGAGAAGCAGUUGCGAAAAGAUUAAAAGAACAUGUAUCAGAUCCUACAAAUCCACCAAUAUUGAUAUUUCCGGAAGGUACAUGUAUUAAUAAUACAUCGGUUAUGCAAUUCAAGAAAGGUAGUUUUGAAGUGGGCAGCGUUAUUUAUCCUGUGGCUAUAAAAUAUGAUCCAAGAUUCGGGGAUGCAUUUUGGAAUAGCAGUCGAUAUUCAAUGUUGCAAUACUUAUAUAUGAUGAUGUCCAGUUGGGCCAUUGUCUGCGAUGUGUGGUAUCUCCCUCCAAUGUACAAGAAGGAAGGAGAAAGUGCUAUUGAUUUUGCGAAUCGAGUAAAAUCUGUGAUAGCACGGCAAGGUGGUCUUGUCGAUCUGCAAUGGGAUGGUCAAUUGAAGAGGAUGAAACCAAAAAAGGAAUGGAGAGAAAAACAGCAAGAAGAAUUCAGUAAACGAUUGAAAGUCGAAUAAAUAGGCAUAUCAUUUCUAGUCAUCGCUUCAUAAUAUGCAUUAUGCGAUAUUUGUUUGAAUAAGAUAAUUUCAUUUAAUUAAUUCCUUUAACACAUAUAUUGUUUCCACAUAUAUUACAAUGAGGAAAAUAUGUGUCCUCGUUAUUAAAUUUUAGAUAUAAAUAUUUUUGCAAAUAUAACAGUUUGCACUUUUUUAGCAAAUUUUUAGGUACGAAUAAUUGACAUUUUGAUGAAUGCGCGCGUGAGAGAGAAAGAGAGAAAUACUGUAAUAUACAUCAUGUUAAUGUAACUUUUUAAUGUAAUUUUUAAACGAAUAUGUCGUGUAGCUGAUGUGUUGAGAGUUUUCAUAUAAAGAAGUGCAAGUGUAAUAUUUGCUAAUUUUUAAUAGUUCGAUGAUUGCAAAGGCAUUACGAAUUUAUUAUUUAUAUGUGAAAUGUGUAAUUAUAUUGAGAUAUGUGAUACUUUGUUGCAUGUGAGUGUAUGUAGCUUCGAAAAUCUUUUUGAUUAUUCAUACAUACUACAAUUGACAAUUGAAGUCGAAUAAUUUAUAUAAAUAGAUGAUGCAUUAAUUUUCCUUUAUGAAAAUAAUAAGGAAAAAUCGUUGUAAUUUUCGCUGCAGUAGUUUUAAAAAGAAAGAAAAUAAUAAAUAUUUAUUCAUUUUUCUGAAGAAUUUAACGGAAUGGCAAACUUAGCACUCCAGAUUACCUGUCCCUUAGAAAUAUUGUGUACAUGAUUGCAUUAUGUUAUUUUUCUAUUAAAACUAAAUAGUAUCUUUCUCGAGAUAUAUAUAUAUUUUUUCUACUUUUAUAUUUUACAUACAUAGAAUGUGAACUUUAGCGCUCUGUAUUAUGAUGCAUGUUAAUAUAAUAUAUAUUAUGAAUUUAAUAUAUAAGUAACACACACAUGCGCAUAUAUUAAUGUGUUGAUAAACUCAGAAGACUAUGUUAAAAACAAAA